GCAAGGCAACAAGGCAGAGAGAGGAGAGAUUGAGAGAAAGAGAGGGAGAGACCCCCUGUUUACAACAGAGAGCUGGGAGCAGAAAGCAAAGAGGGUGCAAAAGAUCUGGUAGCUAAGGAGGGAGCCUGGGCUGUCAGCAUCCAGCAGCCAAAGCUGGUCAACUUGGAAGGCACAGAAGGUGGAAGAAAGGAGAAGAAAAGAGGAGGUAGUGAAGCAAAAGGAGACAAAUCGACGCUGAAGCCAGGAGCUGCUCAGGGAAGGGAAAAAGAACCGCUCUGUAGCAUUUGCUAUAACGCAGCCUGUUCCCACUUUCUCCCUUUCUGUUUCCCGCUUCCUUCCUGCAAGGAUUUCCCCUUCUUCCUCUCCUCACCCUCUCUCUCCCCUUGUCUCUUGCCUGCCUGGCAGACCACUUUACACCUGCAACUUUUAAAAAAUUUGAGCUGAGCAACCCCCCCCCCCAAGCUAGGCAGCUAACAAGUCGAUCUGCUUGUCUGUCCCACGCCCCCUCCCUUUCUGCGGUUUCCCUCUUUGCCCAUCAGAGGAAGAAAGCAAGACACACACAGAGGGAAACCGAGAGAGAGGCGAUGCUUCAGGAGGAUUAACUAUCCCCACCGAAACUUCCUGGGAGGAAGAGAGCGAAAGAAGGAGGAGAAGAACAACAACAAGAAGGGAGAAAUCCUCCUUGAUUCAGAUCCAGUCCUGCGCCUGGUUUCCAGAGUUGAAUGAGUGGCAAUGUGUAACAAAGCGCUUCUCGCCCUGCUGGUCUAUGGGAUAAUCAUGCACUGCAGCGUCUACUGCUCGCCUGCUGCUGGACUCCAAUACCCCGCGCUGAGCAGGCUGGAAGAUGAAGCGUACGACGAAGACGGCAACACCCUGCCCGACUACGCCUUCGACAGCGAGCCCCUCGGGAUAGCCGACCCUUCCUCCAUGCUGGACGACGUGUAUACCUUGUAUUACCCACCGGAAAAGAGGCAUGCGGAUGGGAUAUUUAAUAAAGCCUACAGGAAAGUCUUGGGCCAGUUAUCGGCGAGGAAGUACCUUCAUUCUCUGAUGGCCAAGCGGGUGGGCGGAGCGAGCGGCCUGGAAGAUGACUCGGAACCGCUUUCCAAAAGGCACUCGGACGGCAUAUUCACAGACAGCUACAGCCGCUACCGAAAACAAAUGGCUGUCAAGAAAUACUUGGCAGCAGUCCUGGGGAAAAGGUAUAAACAAAGAGUUAGAAACAAAGGACGCCGAGUAGCCUAUUUGUAGCGAUGAGUUUCCCAAUCGCUCCUGUGUAUACAAAAGCCCCGGGGAAAAAAAAAUCCGAGAGAGGA